AUGCUGACCAAUUCGGUGACGAAUCUACCCGGACCACCUUCCCAUGGUAUCUUCUUCACUCCAAUACUGCUCUUGGUUACAGUUGUGAUAUCUAGGAUUUUGCAGUUGUCAUCACUCUCUGUAAUUGGAGACUCUUGGAUAAGGUCCUCCUCCAAGAAGCAGAAGGUUGAUGAAGAUCGAGAUAUAAUCAGCAACCUACCCGAUUUCAUUAUUGGUCGCAUUCUCUCUUUUCUUAUAACUAAAGAGGCAGUUAGUACUUGUGUUUUAUCCAAGAGAUGGAAGAACCUGUGGACAACCGUCACUAAGCUUCACUUUAUCGAUAAAAAGGUGUACUAUCACCAAAACAUUAGCAGAACUCGCUUUAUACACUCUGUGUAUAGAGUACUGCUCCAUCUGAAUAUUGCAUGCAUUGAAGGUUUCACUCUUUCCCUUACAAAGGAUUAUGAUGCUUACCAUGUUAAUCAGUGGAUAUCUGCUCUUUUAAACCGAGGAGUCAAAGAGCUUUCAAUAGAAUCAAACAGAAAUCUUGAGAUUUCCACGCAUUCUCUUUGGAAAUCCCAGUCCUUACAGAAAUUGGUGCUGGAUAUGAAUGCUUGUGGUGCCCGAAUGAAUGUGAAUGCUUGUGCUGUCAAAGUACCUCCCCUUGUUUGUCUUUCAUCUCUCACUGUUCUUAAGUUGACUGGAAUCAAUGUUUAUUUCCCCGGAUCUGAUGGGUCCAAACAUUUGAUCCUUAAGUUCCCCCUUCUUAAACAGCAUCAGGCUUCAGAUUGCGUCUGGUUCAACUUAAAGAGUGUGACUUUUGAAGUGCCUCUACUUGAAGUGCUUUUACUAAAUCAUUCCCGUGCCAUGAAAUCUGAUGAGGCGCGCGCUAUAUUCAAGUAUUGUGCUCCCCGGCUGACUAGGUUCACUUACAGUGGUUAUAUAUUAGAAAGGCCAGAUAACAUUUUGUUAGACUUAGACCUAUCUACAGCGCGUAUUGCUUCUGCCAUGAUUGAGCCAUGGGAGUUUGUAAAGGAGAAUAAGGAACAUACCGGAUCUUUUGCUGUUGAGCUUCUGAAACAAUUCAGUAAUAAUGUGGAAUGUCUAAGGUUUGAUCGGUCGAAUCUUCUUGCAGUAGCACAAUAUGAUUUUCUUGCAUUUGGAAUGUUGAAUCAUCUGCAAGUGGGAAAAGUUGAUGGUGAAGUUUUGUCGGGUUUCCUUCGAAACUCACCAUUUCUCAAGAAUCUUGAGUUACAGGAACUACUUGAUUUUGACGAAGAACAUUCCGAUCCUGAAAAUGUGCCUUGUUUUACAUCUAACCUUGAAGUGAUUAAGUUUCGAAAAUUUAAGGGUGUUGAACAUGAGCUGCGAUUUACCCAAUUUGUGAUGGAACAUGCUGAAGUCUUGAAGAAUAUGACUUUCUACCCACAUUGGGAGACGCGCAAGUCAACUUUGGAGAAAGAGAGUGAGAAAGAAACAGCGCGACUAGAUUCUCUCGAGAUUGUCCUCGUCUCCUCCGCCCUUUUCAAAACCUGCAACAUCUCUCUCAAGGAUCUUGAAACAAACAUGAGCUUAUCAGAUUCCUCUUCCAAGAUGCAAAAAUUGAAUGAAGAUCAGGACAUAAUCAGCAACCUACCUGAUGCCAUUAUUGGUCACAUUCUCUCUUUACUUCCAACUAAAGAUGCAGUUCGUACUAGUGUUUUAUCAAAGAAAUGGGAAUACAUGUGGACAUUCAUCACCAAGCUGCACUUUAACGAUAGAGAAUAUGUUUAUGGCAGUUAUAAAACACAAACCAGCUUUUUAAAUUCUGUGUAUAGGGUCCUAGUUCAUCUGAAUUCUUCAAGUAUCCAAAGUUUAUCUAUUUCCAUUUUUGAAAGUUAUGAUCCUUAUCAUCUUAAUCAGUGGAUAUCUGCCAUGUUAAGUCGGAAAGUCAAAGAGAUUUGUAUUAAUUCAAUCGAUCAAUUUGACAUCUCCUCAUAUUCUCCCAUUUGGAAAUCCCCAUUCUUAGAAAAACUGAAGUUGAAAAUGGCAGCUUAUCCGAUUUGUACCAGACGGAUAACGGAUUAUGAUAUCAGAACUACAAUUCCCACCUUUAACGUUGAUUUUUUGUGCCUCACUGUCCUCAAGUUGUGUGGAAUCACACUUGCCUGUGGUCCUCCUAAUUACUUGCAAGAGUUGAGCUUAAACUUCCCAGCUCUUAGAAAGUAUGAGACAGUUGAUUGCACUUGGUUAAAUGUAAGGUUGAUAAGGAUAGAAAUGCCUAAACUUGAAGUGCUUAUAAUUAAGGAUACAACUGUGUUAAUGUAUGAUGGUUCAUGUUCUGUGAUCAAGUUGUGUGCCUCUCACCUUGAGAACUUCUCCUACAGUGGAUUCAUGUCAGAUGCCAUUUCGUUUCACUUGUCUGUAAAAAGUGUUGCCUCUGCUAAAAUUUACCCACGCUAUUCAUUUAGAGAGGGGAAUGAUGGACAAAGUGCAUCUUUUGCUUACCAGUUUCUGAGAAAAUUCAAUAAUAAAGUGGAAUGUCUAAAGUUUGAACAGCCGCAGGUUCUUGCACAAGCAGUACAUUUGGUCGAUCUUCCUGAAUUUGAAAUGUUGACUCAUCUGGAGGUAGAUAAUAUUAUGGGCCCAUUGUUGUGGUUCUUACUUCUAAAGGCACCGUUGAUUAAGACUCUUACUUUUGAGGAGCUACUUAGUUUUCAGCUUUCGAAUCCAACCCUUGUGCCUGCUUGUAUUGCAUCUAAACUUGAAGUGUUAAAUUUUGGAAAAUUGAAAGGUGAUGAGUAUGAGCUUCUUUUUGCCAAACAUGUAAUAGAAAAUGCUCAAGUCUUGAAGAGGGUGAGUUUCACAUGUCAGUGGAAUAUCUGGGGAUCCAGUGGUAUUGAAGUUAAAGAGGAGAUAUUGUCAUUUAAGAAAAGUGCAAGCACUGCCGUUAUAGAAUUUAUAUAA